AUGCUCCGGGAAUUAGGAAUAGGCCAAGGCAGUGAAGAAGCGGUUGGUCGGCCAACCUGCAUAACAUUUUUCAAUAGUCGUCCUGAUCCAACCAACUCGACUCAAUGUCUUGUGAGCACCAGUACCGGUUGGCUUGCUCUGGUAGAUGUGGAGACGGGUAAAGUUGUGAACAAGGCCCCACCGGCAACAGAAUCUCCAACUGGAGGACCUGCUACUGACUCUGAGUUCGGAAGUGAUCCUUUCACCACUCAAGCCGCCCCUAUUGAUACAAAUGCAAUUACCUACCCGAAAGCCGAAUGGGGUCCACGCGGUAUCCACUCCGUUGCAAUGUACCAGACCUUCUCACUGGCCAUCACCGGUCACGAGGAUCGUUGUAUUCGUUUCUAUGAUCUCACCAGACAAAGCGGGAAUGCGGACAAGGCUUGCGUCGCCACUGUUGUCACUCACUUAGAGGCGGUCACUUGUCUCACUGUUGAUCCUCAUGAUCUUUACGUUCUCACAGGAAGUAAGUCCCUGAAUGGAUUUGAUAAUUGCAUUUCACAAGAGGUCUUAGCAUUGGUUAGCUUCUCAGCCAGUUUCACAUCAGGUGGGUCUUCUCCAUUUCCUCCUGUAGGUUACAGAUCAGAUGGGUCUUCUCCAUUUCCUCAUGUAGGUUACAUAUGGUGGGUCUUCUCCGUUUCCUCCUGUAGGUCACAUAGACAGGUGGGACUUCUCCAUUUCCUCCUGUGUUUUGCCAGGCAACCAUGUCCGGUACGUUGUCUAAACUCAGCAACGGCUUCGGUUCUUGGUCAGUCGGCUAUGUCGGAGAGUGUCACUGUCCACUGUUUCUCUUUUGUUCGAGCUUUAAGUUCGUUGCAUCUUGAGAUCUGGAACUCUCUCCUGAUUAAGGCCUUCAUUGUGUGGAAAGACAUCGGCUGGUCUGUUUUUUUGACGCUUGGCGUUGAUAAGAGGCCACUGAUUCAAGCGGACUUCUUUUGUAUCGUGUCUCUUGUCCUCCGAACAUAUAUACCUAUUGCUCUCUUUCCUUUCUCUAAAGGUCACGAUGCAUCCAUCCGUUUGUGGGAUCUUGAGAGUCGGGCUUGCGUUCAGGAGAUGACAUGCCAUCGAGUGAAGAACAAUGAGUCUAUCCAUGCCGUGGCAAUGCAUCCUACCAUGCCUUUUGCUGCCUCUGCAGGAGCCGACGCUAUGUGCAAGGUCUACACUUCUUUGUGA